GAUGGCGGAUGAGGAGCCAGUAAGAGGAAGGCGAAGGCCCAGGGGCCCGGAGUCCACCCCUCGCAGCGAAGCGUUGGAGCGUCUCAAAGCCCGCCGCGGUGAUCGUCGAUCCGAUGGCACUGGCCUCCAAAUCAGGUUAGAAAACCCUAUCUACGACACUGUCCCUGAGGAUGAGUACAAUGCCCUCGUUGCCAAACGCCGUGAACAGGCGCGCUCCUUUAUAGUCGACGAUGAAGGAAUCGGAUACGGUGAUGAGGGCGAGGAAGAGGACUGGUCUCAGGCCGGGUUCACUCUCUCCUCUGAUGAAUCCGAAGGUGAAUUGGAGAGGCCGAAGCGGAAGAAGGUCAGGAAGAAGGAUCACCAGCCGGAACGACCCUCUUCAUCGCUCUCCGCGGCUGCGGCCAUGAUGGGAGGGCAGAAGUUGUUGUCCAUGUUCACUAGCUCCGUUUUCAAGAGCAGAGACGACAAAGUCUGUGAGAGCAUCGUCGAAGAUGUUAUUGCAGAGUUCGCUGCGGACGAGACUGAUAGACUGAAGCGUAGAAGGGUGCAAGGGAAUUCCUCUUCCACUUCUGAUGCAAACAAUGUUUUGCAUGUUAAUAUGUUUAGGGAUAAACCUUCUGUUGGUAUGAUGCAAAAUUCUUCUUCAUUGCCGGAACAUGGUAACCCUGAGUCUGUUAAGGUAUUUGCUGAGAGUGAUGGUUUUUACUCGGGGUUUGAGCCAAAGAGUACAGUGGUUAGUGAAGUCCAAGAUUUCGGGCGUGGUAGUUCUGAGAAUGGACAGACACCGACGGUGGUAGCUGAAGAUUCUCAAGUUAAUGAAUAUAUGGUUGAGGCGAAAGAGGUGAAUAGUUUUCAAAUUGAAGUGAAAGCGGAUGCAAAGAAGGAGGUGUUCACUUUGAAGGCCAAGGUUAAAGAAGCUGACGACACUGCAUUGUCUGCUACUGCUGGUUGGAAGGAACCAAUAUCCUUCGAAUCAGCACCGCGUAUAUCUUCCUUCCAACACUCAGAGUUUGAUCUGGAGGAAGAUGGAUCACUGCCUUUCUACAUAUUAGAUGCGUAUGAGGAGUUUCAUGGGGAAAACAGGGGCACAAUUUAUCUCUUUGGGAAGGUUAAGACUGGGGAUUUGUAUCAGAGUUGUUGUGUUAUUGUCAAGAGCAUGCAGAGGUGUGUCUAUGCAGUUCCUAGCCGACCCUUGCUUCGCACUGAAGAGAUGAUGAGUCUCGAGAGAGAUGUCCAGGAGUCUCGAAUUUCUUCAGAGGAUUUCUUUAAAAAGUUGCGAGAUGCAGUAGCUGAUGUUAAGAAAGAGAUAGCACAACAUCUGGUGAAUUUGGAUGUUUCGAACUUUAGCAUGGCACCUGUUAAGAGGAAAUAUGCAUUUGAUCGAUUUGAAGUUCCUACUGGGGAAAAUUAUGUGGUGAAAAUAAAUUAUUCAUUCAAGGGUCCUGUACUUCCAGCAGAUCUCAAAGGAGAAAGUUUCUGUGCUCUCUUAGGAACUAGUUGCAGUGCCCUUGAGCUUUUUCUGAUUAAAAGGAAGAUAAAGGGGCCUUCAUGGCUACAGGUUUCAAAGUUUGCUACAAGCUCAUCUUCCCCAAGGGUUAGCUGGUGCAAAUUUGAAGUAACUGUUGACUCUCCUAAGAACAUAAAUACAUCAGCUACUUCAAAAAUCAUUUCUAAUAUCCCUCCAGUGGUUGUUGCAGCAAUAAACUUGAAAACCACCAUAAAUGAAAAGCAGAACAUAAAUGAGAUUGUAUCAGCAUCCGUUGUCUGUUGUAACAUGGUUAAGAUUGAUGCCCCUAUGAUGGCUUCAGAGUGGACGAAACCCGGAAGGCUGACCCAUUUUACUGUUGUUCGUCGACUUGAUGGGGGCAUAUUUCCAAUGGGAUUCGAGAAGGAGGUUACGGACAGAAACUUAAAAGCUGGUUCAAAGAUUCUGUGUGCUGAAACCAGUGAAAGAGCUUUAUUGAACCACUUGAUGUUAGAAUUGCACAAGUUGGAUUGCGAUGUUCUGGUUGGACAUAAUAUAUCUGGAUUUGACCUGGAUGUUCUUCUCCACAGAUUCGAGGCCUGCAAAGUGGCAAGCAGCAUGUGGUCUAAACUAGGCCGCCUCAACCGAUCGACUAUGCCUAAACUUGGAAGAAGAAAUAAGGUUUUUGGUUCUGGAGCUGAUCCUGGUAUCAUGUCAUGCAUUGCUGGCAGGCUUCUUUGUGAUACAUACUUGUGUUCCCGUGACCUAUUAAAGGAGGUUAGUUACUCUUUAAGUCACCUUGCAAAAUCACACCUGAACAAGUUUCGGAAGGAAGUUGCUCCACAUGAAGUUCCAAAAAUGUUCCAGUCAGCAGAAUCGCUAAUGGAGCUUAUUGAAUACGGUGAAACAGAUGCAUGGUUGUCUAUGGAACUAGUUUUUUAUUUAAAUAUUCUUCCACUCACCCGUCAGCUGACUAAUAUAAGUGGUAAUCUGUGGGGGAAAACUCUUCAGGGUGCUCGAGCACAGAGGGUUGAAUAUAUUUUUCUGCAUACUUUCCAUGCAGCGAAAUAUAUGGUGCCAGACAAGUUCUCAAACUAUUCUAGAGAAACGAAAUUGACGAAACGUAGACUAACCCACGAUGCUGAAGAUAGCAACUACGAUGUAGAUGUUGACGAUGUAAACUAUGACAAUGAUGCUUCUGAAGCUGAUAAUAAGAAAAGCAAAAAGGGUCCUUCUUAUGCUGGGGGACUGGUUUUGGAGCCAAAGAAGGGUCUAUAUGACAAAUAUAUACUGCUGCUGGAUUUCAACAGUCUUUAUCCUUCUAUUAUUCAGGAAUACAAUAUUUGCUUUACAACUGUUGAAAGAUCUUUGGAUGGAUCUUUUCCACGUCUACCAUCUAGUAAAACAACUGGAGUCUUGCCAGAGGUGCUGAAAAAUUUGGUAGAUAGGAGGAAGAGGGUAAAGUCGUUGAUUAAGAAUGAAAAAGAGAAGAAUGAAAAAGCUGAUCCUAUAACGGUUCAGCAACUGGAUAUUCGGCAGCAAGCACUUAAGCUUACUGCUAACAGUAUGUAUGGGUGCCUGGGAUUUUCCAAUUCAAGAUUUUAUGCUAAGCCGUUGGCUGAGCUUAUUACUUUACAAGGAAGGGAGAUACUGCAGAGUACUGUUGAUUUAAUUCAGAAUGCCUUGAAUUUAGAGGUGAUCUAUGGCGACACCGAUUCAAUAAUGAUUUACAGUGGGCUGGAUGAUAUUGAGGAAGCUAAUAAAAUUGCUGUAAAAGUUAUUCAAGAGGUCAAUAAGAAAUAUAAAUGUUUGGAAAUUGAUCUUGAUGGUUUAUAUAAAAGAAUGCUGCUUCUCAAGAAAAAGAAGUAUGCAGCUGUAAAGUUGCUGUUUAAAGAUGGCACCCCAUAUGAGGAGGUGAUUGAACGAAAAGGUCUUGACAUUGUUCGUCGUGACUGGAGCUUAUUAGCUAAAGAAUUAGGAGAUUAUUGCUUGACUCAAAUUUUGUCUGGAGGGUCAUGUGAAGAUGUAGUGGAGUCAAUCCACAACUCGCUCAUAAAGGUACAAGAAGAAAUGAGGAACGGACAAGUACCAUUAGAGAAAUAUGUCAUUAUGAAGACAUUGAAUAAACCCCCUGAAGCUUAUCCCGAUGCCAAGAACCAGCCACAUGUUCUUGUGGCACAAAGACUGAAGCAACAAGGUUACUCUUCUGGCUGUUCUGUUGGAGAUACAAUCCCGUAUAUAAUUUGUUAUGAACAGGGUGGCAGUUCAGGCAGUGCUGGUGGCAUUGCUCAACGUGCUAGACAUCCUGAAGAACUUAAACGGGAACAAGGGACAUGGAUGAUUGACAUUGAUUACUAUUUAUCACUACAGAUCCAUCCCGUAGUAUCACGCCUUUGUGCAUCAAUUCAGGGAACAAGCCCAGAAAGACUGGCUGAUUGCUUAGGGCUUGACUCCUCAAAGUUUCAUCAUAAAUCAAGUGAAGCUUUUACUGAUGAUUCUAGCAAUUUACUCUUGUCUGCAGCUAAUGAUGAGGAGAGGUAUCGGGGAUGUGAGCCAUUGGUCUUGUCAUGCCCCAGCUGCUCUGGUACAUUUGACUGCCCACCCGUCUCUAAAUAUAUUUGCUGCUUGUUGGGAAGUGGAAUGACAACCAGCGUAUCCACCAAGGAAUCUGACUUCAAUUUCUGGCGUAAGCUGUGUUGUCCUAAAUGCCCCGAAGAUAUCAAAAUUUCUCCAGGGAUGAUAGCGAAUCAGGUCAAAUGGCAAGCAAAGAUGUUUAUUUUGAUGUUCUAUGAAGGUUUACGAACGUGUGAUGAUGAAACGUGUAAGCAUACAACACGACUUAUCAGCCAUCGGUUUGUUGGUGGUUUCGAGAGAGGAACUGUUUGUCCAAAUUAUCCUCGCUGCAAUGGUCGUCUGCUUAGAAAGUACACUCAAGCAGACUUGUACAAGCAGCUCUCGUAUUUUUGCCACGUGUUUGACACUGUUUCUUGUAUAGAAAAGAUGGAGGCCAAAUCUAAAAAAACUAUAGCGAAAGAGGUGAUAAAAAUUAGGCGGAUGAUUCAUCCAGCAGCUUCAACAGCGCAGAAGAUCAGGGACCAAUGUCCCUUUGGUUGGGUGAGACUGGAGGAUCUGGUCGUAUCAGUUUAA